AUGUCGUUCCGUCCAGCUCGCAAGCGAGCAGGCUCGUCGGGUGAGGGUUCGUCGGCACCAAAAAUAUCCAAAAAAACCAGAUUCGUGGAGCCCUCCGAGGACCCGGUCAACUUCGCUGAAGAGGUCGAUGCGCAGCUCGAGAACCCAUCCGCGCAGCGCAAAGGGCGCGUCAAAACUGAAGGGUAUGAAUCAGACUCUAGCGAUGAUGGAGAGGGCGUCGUGCGCAGCCGGAGGGCGGGUGUCGACACGGCCGCAGAGGGCGAGGAUGAGGACAUGUUCGCCGUGGGUGAGAAGGAGGAGAAGAAGGUAGAGGAGAGCGGGAAAAAGAAGGAAGAAUACUUGCGACUGGGAGACAUUGAAGGACAGGAGUUUGGCGGUGAAAUGUCUGGAUCAGAGAAGUCGGAGAGUGUGGAUGAGCCAGAGGACGAGGAUGACGCGGAGCGCCGGAAGAAGGCAGAGAUGGGCUUCGAGCUCUCGUCGUUCAACAUGCGCGAAGAGAUGGAGGAGGGCAAGUUUGCGGCGGAUGGGACUUAUGUGAAGUCGUUCGACCCGCACGCAGUCCACGAUCGCUGGAUGGAGGGGCUGGACGAGAAGGAGAUCAAACAGGCGCGCCGGAAUCGCCGGCAUCGGGAGAAAGAGCAGCGGGAGAAGAUGAAGGCGGAAGAGGAGGAGCUCAGGCAAUUGGGCGGCAAGGAUGUUAUCGAGAAGGAUUUGGUGGGAAUGCUCAAGAAGGGGGAGACUGUGCUGGAAGCACUGCAGCGACUCGGCGCUCAGGCAAAGAAGAGUGGAAGGUCCAAGCAAAGCAUGAAGCCGAAUAACAGACGCAAAGCCGAGCUUAACGGCGACGCAAUGCAGGUGGAUAAAGAUGUCCCCAAAGAAACUUCGCAAAUUGACUUUAUAACACAUCUUGCGUCGACACUUAUGUCUCUCGGCGAGACAGACAUCUAUUCGAAGACAUACGAGGAGCUAGUACGCUCAGUCCGAUCCUCUGGUAAAGUGGACCAGUCCUGGACACCCCCAUCAGCUGAUGUCAAAUACGAGUACAAGUGGGAUGUUCCGGGAGUAUCUGGUCAGAGAGGCCAGGUGUUUGGGCCAUUCAGCGAAGAAGAGAUGCAAGCGUGGUACAAGGCCUUGUACUUUGGUGCGGCUGGUGAAAAGGUCCAAGUACGGAGCGUUGGCGGUGACUGGGGCAGUUGGCGGGAAGUUGUGUCGUAG